AAUCUCAUUUUUUUUUUUUGCCAUGGCCGCCGACUCCCUCGCUUCCUCCUCCUCACUCUGAAACGCGCAACACAAACCCUAAUCAUGGCCUCCCCCUUCCCCCGUCUCCUUCCAUCACUCCCUUUCUCCCCUUCCUCUCCCCCUCCUCGCAUCUUCCCCGGAAAGCCCCUCCCUCGCCUCCGUGCCGCGGUUUCUGCUGCCCUCCAGUGGAACCGCAAGCCUCAGCUCGCCGGUGAAACUCCGCGCGUGGUGGUCGUCACCUCCGGAAAGGGAGGAGUCGGAAAAACUACCACCACCGCUAACGUCGGUCUCUCCCUCGCCCGCUUCGGUUUCUCCGUGGUCGCCGUUGACGCCGACGCCGGCCUCCGUAACCUGGAUCUCCUCCUCGGCCUCGAGAAUCGCGUCAAUUACACUGCGGUCGAAGUCCUCAACGGUGACUGCCGCCUCGAUCAGGCCCUGAUCCGCGACCGCCGCUGCCCCUCCCUCGAGCUCCUCUGCAUCUCCAAGCCUCGCUCCAAGCUUCCCCUGGGAUUCGGCGCUAAGGCUCUCACAUGGGUCGUCGACGCCCUCCGCUCCAGGCCGUCAGGCGCUCCGCAUUUCGUUCUCAUUGACUGUCCCGCUGGCAUUGACGCCGGGUUCAUCACCGCCAUAGCUCCGGCGAAUGAGGCGCUACUCGUGACGACCCCUGACAUCACCGCCCUCCGCGAUGCUGACCGCGUCACCGGACUUCUCGAGUGUGAUGGCAUCCGGGAUAUCAAGAUGGUCGUCAAUCGGGUGCGGACGGAUUUGAUAAGGGGCGAGGACAUGAUGUCAGUGAUCGAUGUGCAGGAAAUGCUUGGGCUUGCACUGCUCGGUGUUAUCCCUGAGGAUUCUGAGGUUAUUAAGAGCACAAACAGAGGCUAUCCACUUGUCCUGAAUAAGCCCCCGACGGUGGCUGGGCUUGCAUUCGAGCAGGCUGCGUGGAGGCUGGUUGAGCAGGACACGAUGACGGCUGUCAUGGUUGAAGAGGAGCCCAAGAAAAAGGGCUUCUUUUCUUUCUUUGGUGGUUAAGGCUACUCCUUACUUUAGAGGAAUUUUGAGCAUGAUACUCUCAGAACAGGAGUCUAUUCUCAGCUUGGUAGCAGAGGGGGAGAUUUUGGUUGUGUACAGAAUAGAGCAACUGCAGCAAUCUCGGAAGAGAAAAAGAUGGACCGGAGGAGGAGUCGACGGGUGAGGACGAAGAAAAAGAGUCCGCAGGUGAGAAGGAAGAAGAAAUCGGCGUUUUAGCGGAGGCAUCGUUGGGUGUGGAGGCAGAAAUCGCCGUUGGGUGUGGAGGUAGAAAUCGCCGUUGGGUGAGGAGGCAGAAUCGCAGGUUUGGUAGAAGAGAAAAGGAAAGAUUAGGGAUAUUUAUGCGAUUUCAUUUUA